AUGACAUCAAAUCCAGAAAUUGACAACAUGUUCCAGGUGCCUCCCAGCACUGACUCUUCUAUGAUAUCUUCUGUACCUCCAUACCCUACUAACCAACCUACACCUCCGUACCCUAAUAACCAACCUCAAGUUCAGCUGUAUCCUGUUUACCAACCCCAAAUGGUCAUACCAAAUGGAAAUGGGCGUAGCGAAUCAAAAGUUUCGAAUGAUGGCAAAGUCUUCGGGGCCAUACAGAUCCUGAUUGGAUUGUUGCACAUCGGUUUUGGGAGUGUUCUGGUGACUUCAAUAAUUGGGGGACACAUUUCAAUCUCUUUUUGGGGAGGAUACCCCUACUGGGGAGGAAUUUCAUUCAUCAUUUCUGGAACUCUUUCUGUGAUAGCCCAGAAGCCACCAAUCACUUCUUGCAAAAUAAAUGGAAGUAUAGGAAUGAAUAUUGUCAGUGCCAUCUUCUCAGCUGUGGGUUUCAUCCUUCUAAUCACAGAUUUCUGUAUCAAUUUGGGAAGGUAUUCUUACUUCGACUCUAGCAACUACUAUUACUACUACUACUAUUCAGGUGUGGCUUCAGGAAUGGGGAUCUCAGCCGUGUUAUGCAUCUUUUCUGCCCUGGAGGUUGUCAUCAGCGUGUUUUCUUCUCAUGCCGGGUGCCUAGCAACCAGGUCCCAGAGCAACCAGGUAGCUGUAGCUGUGGCUGUACCUGUUCCUGGGACUCACAUGGCACCUCCAACAGGUGUCCCUCAACCAGCAGCCAAUUCUUUAGUUUAUUCAAAUGAAGUCAACAGUCAACAAUAA